UGGGACAACCGAUGCGUGUUGGCGAUAAGUUUGUGCCGUGUCUCAGCGUGCGACGCAUCUACAACAUGAAGUGCUUUCGCCCGGAGCGCUACCAGCACGAGGUCGCCAAUCAUUAUCGUGACUUUAAGCUGCAGCAAUCGUCACUGCAUCUGAACCGUCGCUACCCUCAAGGACAUUCGCGUCACCAUCGUCACCGUCGCCACCCACGUAGUCGCCAUCGUCCCUUAGCUCCAAUGCACCCAUCAGCCUCCAGUGUUCAACAUCGUUGUGAGCUACCCACACAUGUCCACUACUUUCCCAGGUACACUCAAUUAUGCCAAAGUUAUAACCGCUGCUUUCAAUCGCCCGUGAGGUAUUGGCCUGAGGUAACCUUUGACCGAAGAUUCGGCGAUACAAUAACAGCAAUAACAUACAACGAUACAUUGCGUCGCAUCCAGAGCGCCAAAAGCUGCGACCAACUGAAGGCGCUCGUUCAACGUCAGUUAAACUGACACAGGGGCGCCGUCAACCAUUUAGCAAUUAGUCAAGGGGCGGCAAUAGCAACUACUACUGGAACAAGCACGAGGGCGCGUUACAAUGACGAUGACGCCCAUAACAACAACAACAACAUCAAUACAAACACAAACAAAUCGUCAGAACGCCGCAGUGGUAGCAGCAGGAAUUAUGGUCACCGUGUGCUAAAUAUUAAUACGACAAAGGUGGAAAACCUAGCAAAUUGUCGCAUCGAUCUAUACGCGUACUUGCAAUUGGCUAGCGGCUACUACGAACGGGGGUUGCAUGCCAAUAUAAAGUACCUGCAAUCGAUAGGCCAGCGUAAUGCAAUAAAGCAACAGCAACAUCAUCAACAGCAAAAGCAGCAGCAACAACAGAAACAGAAGCAGCGCCGUUAUUCAUUGGAAGCCUGGCCGCAGCAGCAAGCAGUUGAUGAUCCGUCGCAGCAGCAGCAGCAGCGUCAGUUGAGCACAUUUUUAAACGAUUUGCAACGUUGCCAGACGGGGCCCGAAAACAUCAACGGUAACGCCAGAACAGAUGCUAUACGCGUACACAUAACGCCGGCAAAGGACAGCAUGUGCGAUUAUGCAAACAGGCAGUGUAGCGACAACAAUAUCAAUAACAAAAUUAAUCAUAUUAACAGUAGCAGCAGCAGCAGCAGUAACAGUAUCUUUACAGAAGUACCCGAUCAGCAACAGCAGCAGCAGCAGCAGCGCAAGCUUUAUGAAAUUAUCGAUAACUUGAGUCAAUUGCGCCUGUGCGAUAGCAGACUGCCGCUCAUUACGCUCACCGAUUAUACACAACAGGUGGCGCUAUAUGGCGCCAAUUUUGAUAUUGCUGGCAAUUGUGAAAUGCAAAUACCCAACGAAGCCAGACCACCAACAUAA